AGGUUUCCCAAGGCUGGAUUUGGAAUUUCGUUUUGUCUCAGCACAGCCGCAGUCUCCCCUUCAUCUAGCAGAAUCCUGGUCACGCCCAUUACUUGAAAAGUUUGACCACGCCAAAUCUGCACCACGUUCGCUCUCCUCUCUGCCUCCUACCAGCUAACCCCCAGCCAUGUCGCGGGCGUGGCUCGUAGUGGCGCUGCUUUGCAGCGCCGCGCUUGUCGCUUCCGCCGCAACCCUCGCCGGAACCUCCGCCGGGCCGCGCUGCAAAAACCGUUUCCCCCGAAGACCGCUCUGCAAGUUUGUCGACGACCUCGCAACGAACCCGCUCGCCGUGAUUGACGGCACGACGGGCAAGAUGGUGAAGAUCGGCGUGUACCAGAAAUAUCAGAAAUUCCACCGCGAUCUGCCCGCGACGAAGCAGUACGUGUACGGAAAGGACGAGAAGACCGCCAACUACCCUGGCCCGGUCAUCGUCGCGCAGCGUGGCGUGGAAACGCAGGUGUAUUUCGAGAAUCACCUGAUGGACCGGCAGCACAUGUUCACUGUGGACUACACUCUCAUGCCCGGCAUUCCCAAGCCGAAGCUCGGCGGCAUUCCCGUUGUGCCUCAUCGCCAUGGAGGAGAGCAGGAAAGCGACAGUGACGGCCACCCGCUCGCGUGGUUCACGCAGUUCGGCGAGACAGGUCCCACGUUCAAAUCCCGCCUGUACCACUAUCACAACAAGCAGAACCCCGCCGCGAUCUGGUACCACGACCACACGAUCGGAUGGACGCGCCUCAAUACCGUCGCCGGCAUCGGCGCGCUUUAUGUGAUUAAAGACCCGAAGGGAUAUGAGCGCAAGCUGAAGUGGUUACCAAGCGGGGCUCGCGAGGUGGCUCUGGCGAUUGCGGAUCGCAUGUUCUUCGCGAACGGGUCGAUUAACUACCCCAAUGUGGGGAACGUGCCUCGCGUGCAUCCGAACUGGAACCCGGAGUACCUGGGGGAUACGAUCGUCGUCAACGGCAAGGUGUGGCCGUACAUGCGCGUGCGCCCCGCAAUGUACCGCAUGCGCCUGCUCAACGCCGCCAACGCGCGCGUGUUCAACCUCAAGUGGGUGUGCGCCGCGCGCGCCGACUACCCCAACUUCAUUCCGCCCAUCCAGGGCGCAGCAAUGUCGGUCAUCCAGAUCGGCACUGAUGGCGGCUAUCUGGUCCGCCCCGUGCGCCGCACCGAGGUGCUUAUCGCGCCGGGCGAGCGCGUCGACCUCCUCGUCGACUUUUCCGAGCUCCCGUCGGGCUGCAAGGACGUGAUUGUAACGAACGACGCGCGCGCGCCCUACCCCGCGGGGGAGCCCGUGACGGCGCAGACCGGCGUGGUGAUGCGCAUCAACAUCCUCAAGAAGAAGCGCAUCCCCUCCCCGCCCAUCCCGAAGAAGAUCAGCUGGAUGCCCAAGGUUCCCGCGAUAAACCGCGAGCGCUACCACACACUCGUGGAAAUUAUGGACCGCGCGACGAAUCUUCCCACCCGCGUUACAAUUGACGGCAAGGCGUGGAUGGACCCCGUUACCGAGACUCCCAAGCAGGGUGAUACCGAGGCGUGGUAUAUCAUUAACCUGACAGCCGAUGCGCAUCCCAUGCACCUGCAUCUUGUCCAGCACCGCCCCGCCUGGCGCCGCCCGUUCGACGUGGCUGGUUACCAGGCCGGCCGUUGCUCGUUCACAGACAAGACCAAGCCGAGCUGUUACAGUGGUAACCGGCAGCUGGUUCCUCGAUACGAGAGGGACUGGAAGGACACCACCUUGGCUUUCCCUGGGGAAGUGCUGGCUAUAAUUGCCAGCUUUAAACGGCAGGACAUGCAGCCAUGGGAGUUCAACCCCACCACUGGCCCUGGGUAUGUGUGGCAUUGCCACAUCCUGGACCAUGAGGACAAUGACAUGAUGCGGCCCAUGGUCAUCAAGACAUAGAGCGGUACCAUAGCAUGUCAUGCUGUCAUCCAAGGCAUGGCCCAUGGGCUCCAACCCCAUCUACAGUACCAGUACCAUCCAGAUGGCGGAACGGCCUAUGGCAGCAUGGAGCCAUGGAGAAUAUGUGGCAGAGACUGACUUUGAAGCCAUGGCCAUGGCUUGUGGGAGUGCAGUGCACGUUUUGACUGGUGGGUGGGGUAUGGGUGUCUGGUGAUUGGUGGCCGUGAGCCAUCUCAGCUCAGGGCAAAGAUGGAUCUCUCACCAUGGGACAAUGACACAUGGUAACCAGCAAGUUACAGGGUCGUAACUGGGUAGUGGUUCUCUGUUACUGGUAAGAUGGUUCUAUAGUGUCAGGGUGCCUGGCUUGGGAUGGGAUGGAUCUAGUAACUGAUUUGUGUAGGUUGGCGUAGCGGCCUACUCUGCAGCACACAUUGUGCUCAUGUACGAGAGCUGUAGUUUAUAGUGGUAAUAAUGAAGUACUUUUUGGGGGAUUAGUGACUUAAUUGACUGCUAAGAGUACGA